CCUACACGCACGCAUGAGCUGCAGUUGUCCUCCUUGACUUGCUGCUCGGAUAGAGGCGCCAGGAGCUCUGCCCGGACGUUUCCGCAGUGGCACGCAAAGACGUGCUGCGCAGGCGGCUCGCCCGUCGCGGCGACGAUGCGUCCUUCAUCCUCUGUGUCGACGAUCGUGACGUUUGUUCUGCCAACAAAAGUCUCCGUCAGUCUCAUGCAAGCCACCGCCAUUCACUGGGACGGCGGGCGGCGGAUGUUCUUGCUUGCUUGUCUUACUCGAGCUCGAACGGGUUCACGCCCUGUAUCGCCCGGACGUUGACGAGAAACUGCCCUCGCAACGGCCCGGCCGUGUGCUCGCCCGUCACGCCCGUGCCGCAGUGGCCGCAGAACUGGCGCCUCGCGAUGGGGGCACCCACCCACCCGCAUACCAACUAACUAGUUACUCACCUUGUCGCGGAGGGCCUUGGACGAAUACUCGACGAGCCGCCCGUCGUCGCGCACCACGCGGAAACUGCUGCCCUCGUCAGGCGGCGCCACCACCCAGAGGUACCCCUUCUUGGCGCAAAGCGUGCAGCCGCAGGCCGUCGCCGACGUGAUCUCCUCCGGUAGCGACAGCUCGUAGCGGUAGCGGCCGCAGUGGCAGUUGCCGCGAUAGACAACCCGUGUCGUGGCCAUGGCUGCGCCAGGUGGUACUAACGGAGGAGAGAACGGGGUCGAUCCGAUUCGAGUCGGAUACCACGCAUACUGUACUUUCGACCUUGGCCUGGCAGCUGCGGGGAUGAAGGACCAGGUCGGUCGGCUUCGGCCACGCCAACCCCAAUGUCAGAGUAGUAGUACUUUUUAGAACAGGUAGGUAUUAACUACAGUACUACUACUAGGUAAGACGUACCUAGUAGUCAUCCUGACCGAGACCGCACCCGUUAGACUAAAACGGGGGCUAUACCCGACACUUAAGCACGGCAUCGGUAUAACCUCGACCGUCCUCAUGCCACGGGGAACGGGUCGCGCCUUGCGCCUUCUUCGUGCCCCCGAUGCCCGAGGCGUGCAAUGCCGACCCGCUGUUUCGAGACUGUUCCUUCACAUGCACGGCUACGGCAUCGUCUUCACCGCACACGGAAUGUAUUUGAAUGUGCUGUCCCGGCUCAUCUACCCAGAAAUGUCCGUCUAUAUCGCCAACCCUUCUUCGCAAUGAAGCUGUACAUGCUCGCUCUGGCACUCGGCGCCACGGCCUGUGCGCCGUCGCUUGUCCUCGAUGGUGCAGACGAAGAUCGCUUCAAUGCCCCCCAUGUGCCCUUUACCGUCAGAUCUCCCUGCGCUAAGCUGGGCGAUGAGCACGCCGUCUUCAUCCGCGGCGACUUCGGUGCCGCACCCCACUCAGCCAUGGGCACGCUGCUCAACACGACCGUCUCGCGCAACGCCAUCGUUGUUCCCGGCCUCCAACCCGGCCGACGGAUCGUGACAGUUGUCGCCACCGACACCCGAGGGUACCCAAUCAUGCAAAACUUUGUGCUCCGCUUCGGUUCGGAUCGUUCCGCGCAGCAUGAGGUCUUCCAGGCCAAGAGAGUCGAGCCGAGCCGAGCCGCAUGCGACUGCGGCAGCUGUCAAGAUUGCCCCGGCAGACCCGUUUGCGAGCCGAAUUGCCAGGUCCCGGCACAGUCGUGCGACUUUUACACCAACUGCGCCGAGGACACGCUCCACUGCGGUUCUGGAGGCUAUCCUAUCCGGUACGGGGCCAAGAACUGCGGUCGCUUCGCACACAACCUCGACGGCUUCUCGCCUUCGGGCCAAGCCUGGAUCUGGAGCGUCAUGACGUGCCUGCAGUGGGCCCUGGUCGAGCCCGUCGGUCGUUGCGGCGCGACCUGCCAGGUCAUCGAGGACGCCGCAUUCGAGUCGCACCCCGCGUGCUAUGUCAACAGCGGUGUAUGCGGCCUGCCGUACCGGGACUUGGUGGAGAUUGUUGUGACGGUAAACAGCGAUCUGUUCGCCGGGCCGGCACUGAAGCAGAUUUUCAAGACGACCGCGGGGUGCGCCGCGCAUUAUGACCGCGAGCUGGGUGCGAAAAUCGCCGAGCUGGAAGACGAGGUUCACUCCAAGCCGAGCCGCGGGCCCGUCGUCCAUGCUGAGAUUGUCCUCCUUCGGGGCGUGAAAAAGAUGAUCGGCAGUUUUGCAGCUUGA